AUCAAUUAAAAUUACAAGUGCGACUCGCUAACAGUGUGACAAAUUUGUUGUUGUUGGCUAUUUUGGGCCAACGAAAGCAAAAGCAACUGCAAUCAGUGCAAACGCAAUUGAAAACAACUUUUCAAAAAUAUACACAUUCCCCAGUGCCGAAACACAAAUGAUAACUGAACCAGAAUGUUCCUAAAAGGAUCGCAUCAGCUGAACUUUCAAAUGGAGGCGGAUAGCUAUGUCCAGGCUUCGGCGUUACCCAACAGCAAGCGCUUUGUUGUCGAAGAUUCAAUUACUAAAGUAACCUCCGAUGGGGAACCGCACGGCAUGAUGACCAUGGUGGCAGGUUUAUCGGGCCUUUUAGCGGCCAUCAUUAUACUGGCCGUGCUCGUUUCCAUGGUGGCCUGUCGCAAACGUAAAACCUGCUGCACCCAGAGGAACAACAAGCAGCUACAGGCCAAGUCGUUGGCCAGUGCCAGUGCCAUGGCCGUCGCAAUGACCAGCGUGGACAGGUCACAGCCACAACUGGCCGGGCAUCUGAAUGCCGCCUUUGCGGAGAGCACCUUGACCCUAAAUGUCGAUGCCAAGGAUAAGCAUAAGGAUGAGGACACCGCAAAUCAAUGGCCCACAGAGAUUGUUGUCGAGCGCUAUUAACCAAAUAGCGCUGGGAAAGCACGUGAUGUUUGUGAACAUAAAAGACUGACGAAUAGAACUUUAAGCCAAUUAUACUACAUAUUAUGGAAUCCAUUUUUUUUUCUUACCCAUCGUUGUGUAAUAUAUAUUAUUAUGAUUCUA